GCCGGCUUGGCUACCCGCCCGCCAUCUUGGCCCGCUGCGUGUGGAAGCGACUCAGGCGGUUGGUUCGGCCUCGGUGUUUUCCUUGCAUUUAAGGGGGUGAGCAAGGAGAUUCCAGACUCAAUGAACUGAAAUGUCGGAAAAGUCAGGCCAAAGCACAAAAGCAAAGGAUGGAAAAACAAAAUAUGCAACACUUAGUCUAUUUAACACUUAUAAAGGAAAGACUCUGGAAACGCAGAAAACUACAGUUACAGCACGCCAUGGAUUACAGAGUCUUGGGAAAGUUGCCAUUUCAAGGAGGAUGCCCCCUCCUGCUAACCUCCCCAGUCUUAAAGCAGAAAACAAAGGCAAUGAUCCUAACAUAAACAUUGUGCCUAAGGAUGGCACAGGAUGGGCUUCUAAACAAGAACAACAUGAGGAAGAAAAACCGCCAGAAGUGCCACAGACACAGCCAAAGCCUGCAGUUCCUGCUCCUCCAGAAGCGCCUCCUGUUGCCAAAUCAUGGGCCAAUACCAAGCAAGGUGGGCAGGGUGAUGGUCCUGGAGUUCAAAUAAAUAGCUAUUUCCAGCAAGAGUUUCCUAGUCUGCAGGCAGCUGGAGAUCAAGAAAAGACAAGUAAAGAGAAGGAUGCAGCUGAAGAGCCUUAUGGUCCUGGGCCCAGUUUACGACCACAAAAUGUUGCUAGCUGGAGAGAAGGCGGAGGCAAGAAUCUGAAUUCUCCAAAUUCGCCAACUGAUCAAGAAACAAAACCUCUUGCUCAAGAAGAUGGUAAUGUGCCUGGACCAGUAGAACAGAAUGAUGGCCCCAAGGUACCGGAGAAGAGGGAUAUAAGAAUAGCACAGCCUCCUCCGCCCAAGCUGAAUGGUCAGCAGCAGCCUGGGAUCAUACCUCCGUACCGAGGAAUGAUACCACCCUAUAUGUUCAAUCAGUACCCCAAACUGGCAUAUCCUCCAAUGCAAGGUCCCAGCAGGUUUCCUACUCCAUCUGAAGCCAGCAGAGGGCCACGGGUAAGAGGACCCUCUUCAUGGAGUUCAGAAGCUGUGGAACGCCCAGCCAUCUUAACUGCUAAUGAACUCAAAGAACUUGAUAAGUUUGAUAAUUUGGAUGCUGAGGCUGAUGAAGGCUGGGCUGGAGCCCAAAGUGAGGUAGAUUAUACUGAACAAUUGAACUUCAGUGAUGAUGAUGACCAAGGAAGUAACUUGAAAGGGCAGGAUAGCAGUAAUGAACCUACAAAAGAUUUAGAGACGAAAGAAGCAGAAGAACAUAAAUCAUCUCCUUUGCAGUCAGUUGGAUCCAAAGGGCCCUUCAACAAAAACAGUCAGUUUGACCAGGGGAGGGGUCUGUCACCAGCACAAUCUUCAGUUCUUGAGAGGGGCAGUCCUGGCCUCCAUCCAAAAUCUGUUCUCCAGCAUCCACUUCCAGAUCGCUUGGCAGGGUCAGGAAGACAAGGUCCCUUUCCUGCUAGGCCAGCACCAGAUGAGGAUGAGAUUUGGAAGCAGAGGCGAAGACAGCAAGCAGAAAUAUCUGCAGCAGUAGAACGUGCUCGUAAAAGAAGAGAGGAAGAAGAGCGAAGAAUGGAAGAGCAAAGAAAAGCAGCAUGUGCUGAGAAACUAAAACGAUUAAAUGAGAAAUUUGGCUGUGUAACAAAACCACCCCGGGAAGACCCACUGAAAGAAAAAGAAAAGGCCAAGGAGAAGGAAAUUGAAAAGGAGAAGGAAAACACAAGUGAAAAAGAGAGAGAGAAUGUGACAGAAAGGGAGAGCGAAGAAACAGAAGCCCCAGAGAGAGAAAAGGAACCAGAGAAAGAGAAGGAAGGGGAAGAGAAAGAAAAAGUGGAAGAGACACCUAAAGCUGAAAUUCCUGAGCCUCAAGAGCCAAUCGCUCCAUCUGUAGAGAAGCCACAAGAAGGUGAAAGCAGCAAUGAGGAGGAGAGAGAGUGUCAAGCUGUUUCCACCCCACAAGAAAGCAAUCAUAAUGAAAGGGAGAGUUCUCAUGAAAGUGAACCUGAUUCUGGUGCUCAGCCUCGUCCUGCUAUUUCUUCUGGCUAUUCCAAACAGUUCCAGAAGUCAUUACCACCAAGGUUUCAGAGACAACAGGAACAGAUGAAGCAGCAGCAGUGGCAGCAGCAGCAACAAGGGGUCCUGCCACAGUCCACACCAUCACAACCUUCUAGUGGCCCUGUUCCACCACCACCACCACCACAUAGACCACUGUAUCAACCAAUGCAGCCACACCCUCCACAUUUGGCUUCCAUGGGUUUUGAUCCACGGUGGCUCAUGAUGCAGUCUUAUGUUGAUCCACGAAUUAUGUCAGGAAGGCCUGCUAUGGAUAUGCCACCCAUGCAUCCAGGAAUUAUACCUCCCAAGCCACUUCUGAGACGAGAUCAGAUGGAAGGGGCAGGAACUGGUUCAGAUACUUUUGAUCACGUUACUCGAUCAGCAAGGGAACAUACUAUGCCACUGUCAGAACCACGCAUGAUGUGGGGGUCGGAGGCCUAUCCUCACACAGAGCCUCAGCAGACUAUCCCCCCAAAAGUCACAGAAGAGCAUGAAGUUCUAAGGCCUGAGGAACUUCCAGAUGAAGAGCAAAUGUCUGUUCAAGCAGUUUACUCAGGAGAUCCAAGUCAGUUGGACUCCCAAACAAAGACAGACUUCUUCAAGGAACCCAGUGAAGUGAGCAUAUCAAAGUCUUCAGGCAGAUCUUUAGAGGAUGCACAGCCUCGCCAAACUGACACACCUGCUCCUACAAUAAGUUUUGAAGUAACUGCAGAAAAUGUCUCUCAGAGUUCCAAGGAAGAGCAGGUGCCUGUAGAAGAGAGUAAUUCUUCCCUGAAGAGAAGCAUUUCUCAUGGGUCAAACCAUUCUCUGAAAUCAGAAGACCAAGGGAAUGAUACACAAGCAAAUGUUUCCAAAGUAAACAGCAAACACAUUGAGCCAAAAGAAACAACGAUUGAAAGAGUAGAUAGCAAACUAAAAAAGGAGGGGUUCACAUCUAAUAGACUGUUGGAAGGACCAAAACCUGAAAAACCCUUCAAGCCUAAAUCUGAAACCAGGUGGGGUCCAAGACCAGGUUAUGGCAGAAGAGAAGAAGGUAGUGACAGACCAGUGAGAAGGUCUGGUCCUAUUAAAAAGCCCAUCCUUCGAGAUAUGAAAGAAGAGCGUGAGCAAAGAGAAGAGCGUGAGCAGAAGAAGGAAAAAGAGGGAGAAAAACUGACAAUUGAGAAAAUUAGCAAGAUUGAGAAAAGGGAACUGCCUCAGAUGCCCCCUUCCAGGCUAGAACCAGAGAAGUCCAUUGCAGAUAAAAAAGUAUUGCAAGGCACACCACAAGCUUCAGAGUCUGCAGACAGUCCCGUGCAACCUACAGUUACACCUGCUGUUCAGCAGUCCCAUGUUGUCCAGCAAGCAGCAGUAGUAACCCCUGUGUCUCAACCGCCAGCUGCAGUCCAGACACCCUCUCCUGCAGUUCCGCAGCCACCUAAUCCUCAAACUGCAGUUGAACCUCCGUCCCUCACUGUUCAGCAGUUACCAGUUCAGCAGCUACCAGUUCAGCAGCCUGUCAGUGCAACAAAGGAAGAAAAACAGACAGAGAAAGUAAUGAACAAAGAACGAACCGUAGAAAGGCCUCGAAUGGAAACCAGACCUGUGAAGAGAGAGCCUGGUUUACCUCCCAGAACAUACUGGAAAGAAGCUAGGGAUAGGGACUGGUUCCCAGACCAAGGAUACAGAGGCAGGGGGCGUGGAGAGUAUUAUUCUAGGGGGCGCAGCUAUAGAGGUUCUUAUGGAGGCAGGGGCCGAGGGGGAAGAGGUCAUAAUAGAGACUAUCCACAUUACAGAGACACUAAGCCUAGAGUGGAGCAUGUGCCUUCUGGUCCUCUUAGGCAGAGAGAAGAGAGCGAAACCCGUAGCGAGAGCUCUGAUUUUGAAGUUGUUCCAAAACGGCGAAGGCAGAGGGGAUCAGAAACUGACUCAGACAGUGAAGUGCAUGAAAGUGCAAGUGACACCCUUCUUUCAGACAAGGACAGCUUAAGCAAAGGCAAGCAUUCAAAGAGAGAAGAAAAGGCAGAUGUCAAAAAACCUGCGAAAGCUCUGUUGCCUUUCAAACCUGAAAAUAACAAUCGAGGUGACAAUAAAGUUUUAGAUAAAACUUAUGAGAGGGAAGAUGAAAAUAAGCCCAAACCGGGUUUUCUUCCCAAAGGAGAACCUUCUAGACGUGGCAGAGGAGGGGUAUUUAGGCGUGGGGGCAGAGAUCCAGUUGGCCGUCCACCUCGCCCAUCUACCCUUAGGAGGCCAGGAUACAGAGAUAAUCAGUGGAACCCAAGGCAGGCAGAAACCUCUAAAGUUGAGGAUGGAGAACCCCCACGUAGGCAUGAGCAUUAUGGUUCUAUACCGCUGGAUAAAAGACCACCUGCAAAGUUUGAGAGGAAAUUUGAUCCUGCUAGGGAAAGGCCUCGAAGGCAAAGGCCUGCACGGCCGCCCAGGCAAGAUAAACCGCCACGCUUUAGACGUCUAAAAGAGAGAGAGGCAGCAUCAAAAAUAAGUGAAGCUACAACUAGUUCAUCAUCAAGUGCUGUAGUGAGCAAUGCUGUGAAUGAGCAGCCAAGCACUACUUUAGAUGUUUCAGGAAAUAAGACACCAGACUUGUCCAAUCAGAACUCCUCAGACCAAGCAAAUGAGGAAUGGGAAACUGCUUCCGAAAGUAGUGAUUUCAAUGAGAGACGUGAGAGGGAUGAGAAGAAAUUAGCAGACGUCACGACGCAGGUAGUUGUUAAGGCAGGGGAAAGCAGCACGCUAACCCCCAAAAGAGAGAUCGCCAAGAGAAGUUUUUCCAGUCAGCGACCUGGAAUUGAUCGGCAGAAUCGGCGUGGCAAUAGUGGACCACCCAAAUCUGGACGAAACUUCUCCGGGCCAAGAAAUGAAAGGAGAAGCGGCCCUCCAGCAAGAAGUGGGAAACGAGGACCAUUUGAGGAACAGGUGCCGGUUGUGAUUAGCACUGAGCCAGUCAGCAGCAGUUUACAUCAGGAAGAAAACGGAAGUAGUGCUGCUGUGCUAAAAGGUUCCAAAGAUGCCAACAACAAGAAGCGAGAAGAGUCCAAAGCUGGUCCAAAGAAACCUAAAGAGAAGGUGGAUGCAAUCUCUCAGUUCGACCUUAACAACUAUGCAAGUGUUGUAAUUAUUGAUGACCACCCUGAAGUGACAGUGGUUGAAGAUUCCCAAUCAAAUUUGAACAAUGAUGGUUUUACUGAAGUGGUAUCAAAAAAGCAACAAAAACGCUUACAAGAUGAAGAACGCAGGAAAAAGGAAGAGCAAACCGUGCAGGUCUGGACCAAAAAGAGUUCAAAUGAAAAAGGGAGAUGUCCAAAUUCCAAACUACCACCCAGGUUUGCCAAAAAGCAGCAGCAGGCAUCAGCAGCAGCAGCAGCUGCUGCUGCUGCUGCUGCUCAGCAGGUUCAGGUUCAGGCUCAACCACAACUCCCGUUACAGUGCGUGCCUCAGAUUUCAAGUCCGCAGACUUCAGUUCAGCCACAAUCACAGGCAACUUCUGCAGUGAACAACAACACAGAAUAUGCAACAACAAGCAAAACUCUACAGACUACCACCUCUCAUAAUUCUAUAGGAACUGAAUUAUGGGAUAAUAAAGUUCCACCUACAACGGUCCUCAAUGACAUAUCUAAAAAAUUGGGACCCAUUAGUCCUCCACAGCCUCCCUCAGUCAGUGCAUGGAAUAAGCCUUUGACAUCAUUUGGUUCAGCAACAUCUCCAGAGGGAACAGCACCUGGGCAGGAAAGUGGAAUUGAUUUGGGAAUAGAAAGUAUUCAGUUUGGAGCUCCAGCAUCUAGUGGGAGUGACAAUGAAGUUGGUCCAGUUUCAGAGAAACCCUCUGAGAAGCUUCUGGAACCUAAAGAGCAAAGACAAAAGCAGCCUCGGGCAGGACCUAUAAAAGCACAGAAGCUUCCAGAUUUGAGUCCUAUAGAAAACAAAGAGUACAAGCCUGGUCCAAUUGGGAAAGAGCGGUCGUUAAAGAACAAAAAAGUAAAAGAGGCUCAGCAGGGUGACUCUGAGGGGCAAGAGAAAUCCAGUCCUACUGCUGUCAGAAGCCCAGACCCUAUUACUUCUAAAGAAACUAAGGCCGCUACGGAACUUGGUACUGAGAUAGGAACAAUAAUAUCAGUGUCUGCACCAGAAUUUGGUACAACCCAGAAGGAGUCUGUAACAGACUAUACAACACCUUCUUCUCAUUCCAGCACAGUGGCAACAAGCAGUGCAAAGAUGGAGGAAGCUUUAGUAACUAAUGUGCCCCUGCCCCACACCCUCCCCCUCCCUAGGAGGGAGACUCUACAACAGAGCUCCAGCCUAACUCCAGUUUCUCCCGCUACCAUCGACCUCACCCUCAAGAUGGAGUCUGCUCGCAAGGCAUGGGAGAAUUCACCAAACGUGGGGGAAAAGAAUUCACCAGUUACAUCAUCGGCAUCUCCUGUUACUGGUGGCAGUAGUGGUGGCAGUGGAAGUGGGAACAGCAGCAAUAGCAGUGGACCAGCCGGUGGUACAUACAGCUCUUUUUCAAGUGCAUCAAUGCCUCCCAUUCCUGUGGCUUCAGUUACACCUACAACUUCAUUGUCAGGAGCUGGAACAUACACUACCUCUUCACUUAGUACAAAAACCACCACCACCUCUGACCCACCAAACAUCUGUAAAGUGAAGCCACAGCAGUUACAGACAAGUAAUUUGGCGUCUGCUGGUCACUUUUCCCAGCUAAGCUGUAUGCCAUCGCUAAUUGCCCAGCAACAGCAGAGUCCACAGGUCUACGUAUCUCAGUCGGCAGCAGCUCAGAUUCCAGCUUUCUAUAUGGAUACAAGCCAUCUGUUCAACACCCAGCAUGCACGCUUGGCUCCUCCUUCACUAGCCCAACAGCAAGGAUUUCAACCAGGGCUCUCACAGCCUACUUCGGUUCAGCAGAUACCAAUCCCAAUAUAUGCACCUCUGCAAGGGCAGCAUCAAGCCCAGCUGGGUUUAGGAGCAGCACCUGCUGUCUCCCAGGCUCAGGAAUUGUUUAACUCUUCAUUACAGCCCUAUAGAUCCCAGCAGGCUUUUAUGCAGAGUGGCCUUUCUCAGCCAUCACCAGUGGUUCUUUCCGGCACAGCCUUACACAACUUCCCAACAGUGCAGCAUCAGGAACUCGCCAAGGCACAGUCAAGCCUUGCAUUUCAACAGACGUCCAACACUCAGCCUAUUCCUAUCCUGUAUGAGCAUCAGUUGAGUCAAGCUUCAGGGCUAGGAGGCUCCCAGCUUAUUGAUACACAUCUGCUCCAGGCCAGAGCUACUCUUACCCCGGCCUCAAAUUUGUAUUCUGGACAGGUUCAGCAACCAGGUCAAACAAGCUUCUAUAACACUGCUCAGUCUCCCAGUGCUCUCCAGCAGGUAAACUAUGGCACGAUGACAGUACCUAUACCAGGAUCACAACUUUCUUUGCCCAACUUUGGAACAGCUGGUCAGCCUUUAAUUGCUCUUCCACAGUCCCUCCAACCUCAGUUGCAGCAUACACAACCACAGCCUCCGGCUCAAAGUCUGAGUCGGCCAGGACAAGUGGGUCAACCUUUCAGAGGACUAAUUCCAGCUGGAACUCAGCAUGGCAUUAUAACUGGGAAGAUGUCAGAAAUGGACCUGAAAGCCUUUGGAAGUGGCAUUGAUGUUAAGCCAAGCACACCUCCAGUUCCUGGACGAAGCACCACUCCAACUUCUAGUCCCUUCCGGAAAUAUGAAGACAGAAUGGCUGCACACAUGCCAAAUUUCCAUUUAUUUCAGCAGAACUUGCACAGGGCUGCUUCUACAAGUCCGAACAAUCAGUCCAAUAAAAUGAAUGCCAUUGUCUACCAGAAGCAGUUUCAGUCGGCAGCUGUGAGAAUGACCCAACCGUUUCCUCCUCAGUUCGCACCCCAGAUCCUCUCUCAGCCUAACCUGGUCCCUUCAUUGGUAAGAGCCCCACAUACUAACACCUUCCCAGCGCCUGUUCAGAGGCCGCCAAUGGCACUGGCUAGUCAGAUGCCACCUCAGAUGACCACAGGCCUUUUGAGCCACCCUCGUAUGCCACAUGUGGCCAGGGGUCCUUGUGGAUCACUCUCUGGAGUCAGAGGCAAUCAGGCCCAGGCUGCGAUGAAGGCUGAACAAGACAUGAAGGCAAAGCAAAGAGCAGAAGUCCUUCAGUCCACACAGAGAUUCUUCUCUGAGCAGCAACAGAACAAACCACCUGGAAGCAAAAUACAGAAAGUGGGUGACAAUGGGAAUAAAACCCCUGAGGCAAUGGCAGACUCCUCCUCAGGAGCAUGUCAGGACAAAGUGGAGGAGAAGCAGUGUGCUGCUGCAGCUACAACAGCACCCAAGCCUGUUAGAACUGGACCAAUCAAACCUCAGGCCAUCAAGACAGAAGAAACAAAAUCAUAAGUGCUGUGCCCAUUUAUGCCAAUAUGGGGAGUAAAAUGACAGCAGCACAGGCCUGUAGCCCAAAGGGCAAGGCGUGUUCCUCCAAGGCUAUGAGUGGCCUAAAGAGACGCAGACGUGAACGGCUACAGGCUCGAAAGGUCCAGGGAUCUUGGAGCUUGUAGCUUCCAUGCCACCGCAUGAAUGAGCGUGAUCUUUCUGAAUAGAAGCACCUCUCUGCUUUCCAAGGAUGCAAAAUGAAAAAUAAUGCUUCUGAGGCAUCUUAUUUGCCGAAGGUAAACACUCUCCUGUUUGUUUGCUGCUGUUUCGUUUGGGGAAGAGAGGCAGAUGGGAGAAGGCCAUGCUGGACAGAACUGUCUUUGGUUUUAUGUUGCUCAGCGGCCUAAGAGAAUGUUGGUCCUUAACAACGAACCCAGAAAAUUUAAGACAAUUGGCGAGUCACAGAGCAGUUUAAUCACACAUACAUGCACACACCCCAUUUUGUUCCGUAGAUGUUCUGUGUCAGACGUCCCUAAAAGGCAGGGUGUGACUGCUGCUAUGGUUUCUUAUAGUGCUGAAUUCAGCCGGAAAAAUACCUUAAUUUGACCCCUAUAACACCAGAAAUGCAAAAUUCAAGACGCUCCCCUUCGGAGUUGCAUUGCCAGUCACAUUGAGCUGUAGCUCAGUAGGGCUUAGGGGGAAAGAAGUCUUUGGUCUUCAAACGGUUUUCAGCUUAUGUCUGUAUAGAACAACAAGCACUUGACCUUGUGCCUCAAGAGAGCAUCCUCUGAAAUGGCGCAUUCUUAUAUCAGCUGCAUCGCACCUCCUUCCUGCUCACUGUGUGCUGGGAAAUAGAAUCAAGUCAAAUAAUGCCUUCUUAAUUGUAUCCUUCUAGUAGUAUAGCUGUAGGAGAGUACUGUAUGAUAACUUCUGUGAAUGUAAAAUACCCCAUACCUGCUUAGGAUAUGUAGUUGUGAUUGUGCUAUAGCAGAGCUGUUUUAAUGACGUUACUCUAGACUUUUCAGGCAACAGUUGGAAGAUAAUAAGAGCACCACAUGCCACAUCAGUUUCCUUUACUUCCUCUUUCCUUCCCCAACACUCUUCUGGAACAAGGAAUGAACUAAAAGUCUAAUAUGUAUAAUUUUGUUCAAACGACCACAGAAGCUGGAAAGGUCUGUUGCUGCUAUUGAUGCCUAGUGAAAUGCUAUUGGUUCUUUUUUAUAUAAAUAUUAUAAUUUGAAUUUUUUGGAAACUUAGCUGUGAUGUCAGCUUUGGGGAAAAGAUAUCCACUUGUACUGUGAGUUGGCAUUGUACAGAAAUUAACAGCCAUAUUGGUCUAGAAAUGUUUAAACUUUUUUUUCAUUUGUACAGGGGUAACGCACUGUAUUAAAUAUGUAAGGUCUUAUUUACAUGGGUUUGAUUACAGAAACUAAUAAAAUAUU